GAAACUGAGGCACACAGAGGUGGCGUGACUUGCUCAAGGCCACCCAGCAGAGCAGGCCAAUGGCAGGGCCAGGAAAACGACCCACAUUUCCCGAUUCCCAGUCCAGUCCUUUGCCCACACUGCCUCCCCUCCUAAAUGUGGCUCUGGCGCUGCCUCACACAGGCUGUGGGCCCUGGACGAAGGAGCCCAGCCCGCACUCCUCAUUAAACGCCCAGCGAUUGUCACAACCGGCUGGGGACCUUCCUUGUCCCCAAACCAAGGGCGGCCGCAGCGCUUACUCACGUACUGCGGCGGGAGGGCGCUCCCCAAGCGGUGCACGGGACAGAGCCAUUGGCGGGAGAAGGGGCCCGGGCCGGGCUCCCCGGCUUUGCCUCCAGCUCUCCCUGGGCUGCGCUGGCCGCGGGAAAGCAGCUCCGGGGCAGACGGGCGGGGUGUGCACGCAGCAUUGCGCGCUGCCCGCCGCCUGCCACUCCCGCCCUGCCCCUCCUCCCGCCGCAGGUAGGCACCGCUCCCCCGGGAGCCGCCUGCGGAGCCCACCGUGCUGGUCCCUCCCUGGCUGCGCGGGAGCAGGAGCCGCGGCCGCCGCGGGGUUAAUUGAGAACCAAGAGGCAUCAAAUCCAGCAAAUAUCAGUCAGCAAGAAUUAGGCUUGUUCCUAACAGAAAACAUGUCUGAAAUUGAUUUUGAGGAAUUAGCCGAAAUAGAAUUACAGAAAGAUGAAGCAGAAUAUGCAAUAAUGGAAAAGCGAAAGACCUCCUUCACACCAGCAGCAUGUGAAGACACUGAACUAAGCAUUAAUCAUCCAUACUACGAUGUUGCAAGGCAUGGCAUUGUGCAGCUAGCAGGUGAUGACAAUUCUGGGAGGAGGGUGAUUACUUUCAGUUGCUGUCGUAUGCCCCCUUCCCAUCAGCUCAAUCACAGCAGACUGCUAGAAUAUUUGAGGUAUACACUUGACCAGUAUGUGGAGAAUGAUUACACCCUUGUCUACUUUCACUAUGGCCUGAACAGUCGGAAUAAACCCUCUCUGAACUGGCUGCAAAGUGCCUACAAAGAAUUUGACAGGAAGUAUAAGAAAAAUCUUAAAGCACUCUAUGUUGUACAUCCAACCAACUUCAUAAAAAUUCUGUGGAACAUUUUUAAACCUCUCAUAAGUCAUAAGUUUGGGAAAAAGAUCACCUAUUUGAACUAUUUAAGUGACCUGAGAGAGCAUCUCAAAUAUGACCAGCUUAAUAUCCCUGAAGAUGUUAUUCGACAUGAUCAAAAUCUUCGGGAUAAACAGAAGGGGAGACCACCACCUUUAGCUAAGCUUCCUCCACCAAGACCUCCUCUUCCUACCCAGCAAUUUGGGGUCAGCCUACAAUAUCUCAAGGACAAAAAUAAAGGCCAACUAAUCCCACCAGUAAUGAAGCAAACUGUGUCCUACCUGAAAAGUAAAGGGCUCCGAGUAGAAGGCCUGUUCAGAAGGUCAGCCAGCAUACAAACUAUCAAAGAGAUUCAUAAACUGUAUAAUCAGGGGAAGCCAGUGAAUUUUGAUGACUAUGGAGAUAUCCAUAUUCCUGCUGUUAUUCUGAAGACUUUCCUCAGGGAACUCCCACAGCCUUUGCUAACCUUUGAAUCCUACGAUCAAAUCCUUGGAAUCACUAGUGUGGAAAGCAGUUUACGAGUGACGAGCUGUAAACAAGUAAUCCAAGGACUUCCUGAGCACAAUUAUGUUGUUCUGAAAUACUUGAUAUGCUUCCUUCAUAUGGUAUCCCAGGAGAGUAUUUAUAACAAAAUGACUGGAUCCAACCUGGCGUGUGUCUUUGGGUUGAAUUUAAUCUGGCCGCCUAAAGGAGCUUCUUCCCUGCGUGCUUUGAAUCCUCUAAAUCUCUUCACUGAAUUACUGAUAGAUUUCUACUCUAAAAUCUUCAGUUCACGAACAGUAUCUGGUGAGAUCUUACCUUAAUGUUCACAGAAAGGGAAAAGGAAUAUGCCUACCUUAGCAAAAACCUCCACAAAUAAACCUAUGAGAAUUUACUAUACACAGGAUUUUACAGAAACAAAUAUAUUUCAUAUACAGAGCAAAAUCCUUUUCUCUCUUUUGCAUCAUCAUGAUUUUCCAGAUAUCAAAGAUGUUAGGGGAAAUAUGCUUACCAAUACUCUUUGUAUGUGGGUGUGUAUAUAUAAACAUUCACAAACCUUCAGGUCAAAGUGGCAUAAACUUUCCUCUUUUCAUAAUCUUUAGCAAUUGUUAAAUAUGUGUUAGUUUAAAAAUUCAUAACAGUAGAUAAGACUGUCAUUCAUUUAAGCAUCUGGAAGUUCCCUACUAUGUGGCAUUUUUUCUAGGGUGAUGCUAACUUCUGGACCAUCUGGAAAAAGUUUCUUUUGAAAUCUUCAAAUAUGUACAAAUUAUGGAUUAAUUUUUCAGAAUUUCAGACACUCAUUCCCACAAACACAGAAGUGUGUGCAUUUGUGUCUGCGUUUAUGUGUAAUUACCAUGAAAACCAAAGUAUUUGCCUGUGUCAGUUAGAUUAUGCAUACAUCUGUCUCUGUGCUUUUAAAUAUCUGGUAUGCCUGUCCAGCCAUUGUAGUUGCACAUGCAAACUAAGUGGAAAAUUACACAGCACUCUUGAGCUUUUAAAAAUCGAGUCAUUUGUGUUUUUAUCUUUAAAGAAUCUCUGUAUCAGUAUAUAGUUAAUACAAAAUGUGAGAAAUCAUUGUUUGAAAAAUGCAUUGAAUAUUUUUAUUUGUUGUAUGGUCUUGAAGAUUUUUGAGUUGUUAGAAAUCUGCUUCUAAAAUCAGUCUCUCUCUCUCUCUCUCUCUCAUUCUCUCUCUCUCUCACACACACACAUCAAAAAAAAAAAGAGACACACACACACACACACCAAAAAAAAAAGAGAAAGAAAGAAAAUCUUAACCCACCUUGAACCCUGGAAAAUACUCCUGAUGGCACUUUUAUCUAAUCUAAUGUAUGUUAUCGGUGGGAUGACAUUAAUCCCAGUGGGAAUAAUUAGCCAUAGUAAUGUAAGAGGGAGUUUCUGUGUUUUCUCUCUAGAUACUUGUGUUUGAAUACCACUUUAAAGUUCUGCUCCCUCGAUAUCUGCUACUGAUCAUUAGUGGAACAGGAUAGGGAGGUUAUCAUUGAAACAGCAAAAGGGACUGAACUAGUGGUGACCAAAAUAAGCAGUAUUUUCCCCAACGUCUGCUUCUGCUGCUCCCAUACAAAGCUGCUGAAGCAGACAUCCCAUUCAGGAUAUAGUAGAGACAGUGAUCCAUGGAGACCAGUUUGGUUAUCCCUUCACCUUCAAACACAAAGGAACCCUUUCCCUUCCAGCAGCUCUAGCUAAUUGAGGGAUUGUGCUUCUCCUCUCUCAUCUUGACAGUGACUAAGUAUCUGCCUGUCUAACAGAUGCAGGCUUCCAAAUCCUUGUUGGAGAGAGCAAGUAAUGAUUUAUUCCUUUUGGCAAUUUAGAGCACAUAGGAGAGAGUACCCAUCACACCAUGUCAGUCCUAUGUUUGCCCAGUAGAUGUCAUCUACAGCAUAAGGCUAUAAAAGGAAAUUAUUGCAAUGUAAAUAAUCAGAAAGCUAUAAAACAAGCUGUACUGUAUGUGACAUCCUUUUAAAAUUUAAAUC